GCGCCCAUCCCCGUCAUCGAUGUCGGCCUCCUAUGCCAGCAAAACACUGGCGCCGGCGUCGAAGAGGCGGCCAAACUGCGGUCGGCGCUGGAGUCUUGGGGCCUUUUCUUGGUAACCAACCAUGGUGUGGAGCCCUCUCUGAUGGACGCCAUGAUGAGCGCGUCGAGAGAAUUCUUCCGGCAACCGAUCGAUGAGAAGCGGAGAUAUACUGAUCUCGUCGACGGCGAGCGUUUUGAGGAUCACCUGGAAGGGUACGGAAGCGAGCAGCUCACGUCCAAGGACCAAACCUCACUCGACUGGUCCGACCGUUUGUACCUCAAAGUGGAACCGCAAGGCGAGCGAAGCCUCCGCCUCUGGCCUGAAUCUUUCAGGGAUGUCCUGCAUGAAUACUCCGUUCAAUGCAGCCUGGUGAAGGAAAGACUGGUCUCGGCAAUGGCGAGGCUCCUGGGGCUCGACGAGGAUCACUUUCUCGCCGAAGAACCUGACGAUCGGGCUACCACCUAUGCUAGAAUCAUCUACUACCCUCCGUGCCCGAGACCCGACCUUGUCCUUGGCGUCAAGCCUCACUCUGACGCAACACUUAUCACGAUUCUCAUGGCCAACGACCACGAUGUUGGUGGACUGCAAGUUCUCAGAGACGACGACUGGUAUAACGUCCUGGCAACCCUGGCCCCUCACGCCUUGCUGAUCAGCGUAGGAGACAUGAUGGAGAUAAUGAGCAACGGGAUCUUUAAGAGCCCGGUGCACCGGGUCGUGACAAAUGCAAGUAAAGGGAGGACGUCGGUGGUGAUGUUUUAUGGGCCAGAUCUUGACAAGGAGAUAGGGCCGGCAGAUCAGCUGAUUGACAAUAGGCGGCCGGCGCGGUACAAGAGAGUGAAAGUGAAGGACUACGUCCAUGGGCUCUUUCAGAAUUUUUCUCGCGGAGCAAGAGUUAUAGACACAGUGCGGAUCUAA